AAAGGUCAUGAUCUGCUGAAAGUCAUUUCUCCCUCCAGAGAUGUGUAUCAUUCAGGCAUAUGAAGCUAUGAGAAUUGUGUUGUACGGCUGUCACUAAAACAUGCUGUAAAUUGGGGAAUUAGCCAGAUAUUAGCUUCCCAGAGGCAACAGCACGGAAAGUAACCAAUGCCUCAGGCGUGGUGUCAAACAAACAGCCAUUGUGCAGCAAGGGAGCUACAAUGCAAUGACUCACCCUCCUGAGGCCACACCAGGGGAAUUGCUCAACCUUGCCUGGAGACUCAGCAAUGCCGCCCAGACAUGCCUGGACUUGUGUUCUCCAAGCACAUGGACUGAGGGUAUAAAGCAGAACACGGGGGGCCCAGGCUUGGCCUUUGUUCCUGCCCCCAUCUAUGCUGCAAGCAACCAGGACGCUCUGAAGACUCCAACUGAGGGGACUGGCCCAGAUUUCAAGGGUGAAAUCUUGUAGACUAGGGACUGCAAUAUCCAGGGCGGUGAGAAAAAGUGCUUAAUCUAGAUAUUGCCCAGUCUAAUAGGGUUGAGAGUUUAGACCAUAGGUUUUCAAACUGUGGUCCAUGGACCACCAGUGGUCCGCGAGCUCCAUUCAGGUGGUCCGCGGAUAGUUCCCUCUAAGGUGUGUACCUGAGCAGUUGCACGUGAGAGAGUGAAGGGCCACCCACCUAAAUAGGGGAGUCGCGCAGGCAUGGUGGCUCCACUGAUUAGGUGCCUGGACCCUGGAGAAGAUGCACAUGUAAGGGGACACAGCGCCGCCCCUCGCCCCGGUAUGGGCCACGCUGGAUGGAGGGAGAGCUGUGAUGCCCAAUGCUGUCCGGCUGUGCCUAGCGGGCCUGGUUCUCUGCCUCCUGGUGCUGAUCGUGGGCGAGGUUCCCGUCAGUGUCCUGGCUGGCUUCAGGUCGCUCUAGGGGCUGGGAAUCUCAUCCUGUCUCUGCUCUCGCUGGCGGUUUGUGUUUCCCUCUUGGUGUCCGAGAAGGGACAGACCCCGGCAGCCCCUGGGAGCGACGGAGCUGGGAGCAGGGACCCCAGCACGGCAGAAUGCAGCGCCCGCCUGGAGCGUUUCCGAUCCCAGCUGUGCCCCCCGGCCCAGCCCGGCCCAGCUGGGAGCUCCGGGUGCAAACUCUGCCCCACGGACUGGCAGCUGCGUGGGGACAAGUGCUACUGGGUCUCCAGAGGAGGUGACAUGUGGAGCGAGAGCCGCGCCGACUGCUCAGUGAGGGGGUCCCAGCUGCUGGUGAUCCAGGACCCCAAGGAGCUGGAGUUCCUAAAGGACCUGACACAAGGUUCAAAUCAGUUCUGGGUCGGACUGUCCGUCUCCUCCCCGGAGAAGGCCUGGACCUGGGUGGGCGGCUCCCCGCUGAAUCAGACCCUGUUCCCGGUGUCAGGCCCGGCUGAGGGGAACAGCUGUGGGGUGGUGAACAGGAAUCGGAUUCGUUCUGACACCUGCAGCUCUGUACUUCGGUGGAUCUGCCAGAGAGACGCCGUCCCGCUCUGAGCAGGGCAUCCAUGGCCCUUUAAUAAUGGAAAGGAGCCUUUCAUGAAUAAAAGCAUCUUUGACACUUUA